GUCUGUGCUUUUGUCCCGCAGGCGGCCGGGCACCUGCGGCGCCGCCACAGCCAUGUCACAUUUGAAGACGAGGAGCACUGAGCAUGAGAAAUCAACUGAAAACUAUGAAAAUUUUGGAAAUGCAGAAUCUAAGUUGCCACAAAUGGAAGAUCUUCACAAGGAUUAUAUACAAGAAUCUAAAGUUGGUGAAACUUGUGAUUGGGAUAGCAAGGUAGAGAAUCAGUUGGAAAAGACUGAGGGUAAAAGAAUGAAGGAAGGGAAAAGUGGCAUCAGGGAAAAGAUCGGCAAAGCCAAGAACACAGCAAAUGUAAAGACAGAACAGGAAAAUGAGGCAUCUGAGAAAAGUUUACACUUGAGCUCAAAAGAUAUUACACAUAAGACUGUCUGUACAGAACAGAUAAACAGUGAACAAGGUCAAUGUGUGGAAAACAUUAAUGGAAACUCUCACCCCAGUCUACAGCAGAAAACCAGCACUGUUAAGAAAUCACACAAAUGUGAUGAAUGUGGGAAGUCCUUCAAAUAUAAUUCCCGCCUUGUUCAGCAUAAAAUUAUGCACACUGGCGAAAAACGCUAUGAGUGUGAUGACUGUGGAGGGACUUUCCGGAGCAGCUCAAGCCUUCGAGUCCACAAACGGAUCCAUACUGGGGAGAAGCCGUACAAGUGUGAGGAAUGUGGGAAAGCCUACAUGUCCUACUCCAGCCUUAUAAACCACAAAAGCACCCAUUCUGGAGAAAAGAACUGUAAGUGUGAUGAGUGUGGAAAAUCCUUCAAUUACAGCUCUGUUUUAGACCAGCAUAAAAGGAUCCACACUGGGGAGAAGCCCUAUGAGUGUGGUGAAUGUGGGAAGGCCUUCAGGAACAGCUCUGGGCUCAGAGUCCACAAAAGAAUACACACAGGGGAAAAGCCCUAUGAAUGCGACAUCUGUGGGAAAACCUUCAGUAAUAGCUCUGGCCUUAGAGUCCACAAAAGGAUCCACACAGGUGAGAAACCUUAUGAAUGUGAUGAAUGUGGGAAGGCCUUUAUUACUUGCAGAACACUUUUAAACCAUAAAAGCAUCCACUUUGGAGAUAAACCCUAUAAAUGUGAUGAAUGUGAGAAGUCUUUUAAUUACAGUUCUCUCCUUAUUCAGCAUAAAGUCAUCCACACUGGAGAGAAACCUUAUGAAUGUGAUGAGUGUGGAAAGGCCUUCAGGAACAGUUCAGGCCUUAUAGUGCAUAAAAGGAUCCACACAGGAGAGAAACCUUAUAAGUGUGAUGUCUGUGGCAAAGCAUUCAGUUAUAGCUCAGGCCUCGCAGUCCAUAAAAGCAUUCAUCCUGGGAAAAAAGCCCAUGAAUGUAAAGACUGUGGAAAAUCCUUCAGUUAUAACUCUCUUCUUCUUCAACAUAAAACCAUUCACACUGGAGAGAGACCUUACGUAUGUGAUGUGUGUGGGAAAACCUUCAGAAACAAUUCAGGCCUCAAAGUACACAGAAGGAUCCAUACUGGGGAAAAACCUUAUAAAUGUGAUGUGUGUGGGAAAGCCUAUAUCUCACGCUCUAGCCUUAAAAAUCACAAGGGAAUACAUCUUGGAGAGAAGCCCUAUAAAUGCAGCUAUUGUGAGAAAUCCUUCAAUUACAGCUCUGCCCUUGAACAACAUAAAAGGAUUCAUACUAGGGAGAAACCCUUUGGAUGUGAUGAGUGUGGAAAAGCCUUCAGAAAUAAUUCAGGCCUUAAAGUACAUAAACGAAUUCACACUGGGGAGAGACCUUACAAAUGUGAAGAAUGUGGGAAAGCCUACAUCUCACUUUCAAGCCUUAUAAAUCAUAAAAGUGUACAUCCUGGGGAGAAGCCCUACAAGUGUGAUGAGUGUGAGAAAGCUUUUAUCACAUACCGAACCCUAGUAAAUCACAAAAAAAUUCAUCUUGGGGAAAAGCCCUUCAAGUGUGAUGUGUGUGAGAAAUCUUUUAAUUACACCUCACUCCUUUCUCAACACAAAAGGGUGCACACGAGAGAGAAACCCUUUGAAUGUGACAGGUGUGAGAAGGUCUUCAGAAACAACUCAAGCCUUAAAGUACAUAAGAGAAUCCAUACCGGAGAGAAGCCCUAUGAAUGUGAUGUGUGUGGAAAAGCCUACAUCUCACACUCAAGCCUUAUUAACCAUAAAAGUACUCACCCUGGCAAGACACCCUUUACAUGUGAUGAAUGUGGAAAAGCUUUUUUCUCAAGUAGAACUCUUAUAAGCCAUAAAAGAGUCCAUCUUGGGGAGAAACCCUUUAAAUGUGUUGAGUGUGGGAAAUCUUUCAGUUACAGCUCACUCCUUUCUCAACACAAGAGGAUCCACACAGGAGAGAAGCCCUAUAUUUGUGACUGGUGUGGGAAGGCCUUCAGGAACAGCUCGGGCUUAACAGUGCAUAAAAGGAUUCAUACAGGUGAGAAACCUUAUGAAUGUGAUGAGUGUGGGAAGGCAUACAUCUCACAUUCAAGUCUUAUCAACCAUAAAAGCAUCCACCGUGGGAAGCAGCCCUAUAAUUGUGAGUGUGGGAAAUCCUUCAAUUAUAGAUCAGUGCUUGACCAACACAGAAGGAUCCACACUGGAAAGAAGCCAUACAGAUGUAAUGAGUGUGGGAAGGCUUUUAAUAUCAGAUCAAAUCUUACCAAGCAUAAAAGAACCCAUAGUGGAGAGGAAUCUUUAAAUGUGAUAUAUGUGGGAAAUUAUAGUAGCACAUCACAGAAGAUAAUCCUUGAGGGAGGGAAUGUUCUCGAUGGGACCAGGAUGAGAAUCUCUUUGUAGAAGGUAGAGCUUACCAAGUCUCAAACAGCUCAAAGGAAAGAAUGAAUGUAAGAAUAUCUGAGAUUCUUAUUCAUGGCUUAUAAUUUACAUAGUCUAAAUGAAAUUUUUCUAGAUGAUUGAAUAAUCUUUUCAAUGUUAUUCUAAUUCUUAGUCAACAAGAAAGACUCCUCAAUGUCAAGGUGGUGGAACCUUUAUGGAAUAUAAAAUACUUCAUACCAAGGAUACAACCUCUCAAGGUGAUGGGAGUGUGGAAAGAAUCUUCAAAAUAAAGCACAGACGUAAAAUGGAUGAGAAAAGAACUUCAGUUAGGAAUCAUGUAACUACCAUCAGAAAGUUUAUAUUUGGAUAAAUUCUAUGAAUAGAAAUGUAGUCAAUUUGAGUAUAGCUUUGAAUCCCAGUUAUAUAUUGGUCAGUGGAAAAGUCCAAGAAGGUCACCAAAAGGCAAAUUCAGGGACAGACUGCCUUCAGGGAAUAUAUUUAAUAGUGAUAAUGUAUGAAUUUGAUAUAAUUGAAUGAUUUAGGGGGAUGAUGACAACGUAUGAAACAAAAUUUGAAUUUCAGCGUAAGAAAAACAAGGUAUAGACUGUUCAAAAUUUAACAGGAGAUAGGAACAUUAAAAAUGUAAGUUGAUUGGAAUGUGCUACU